AUGGCCACGCUCGACCCAAUCCAAAACGGCACCACCAAUCCCCUCCAUUUGGAUAAUCCCGACGCCGCCGAAUCGCCCACCACCACAGCCGACGACACUGCUCCCGAGGCUUCCGCUGAGAAGAGGUGGCCAGGAUGGCCCGGCCUCUGCGUGUUCCGCCUCAUCGUGCCGGUCCUCAAAGUGGGAAGCAUCAUUGGCCGCAAGGGCGAGCUCAUCAAGAAGACCUGCGAGGAAACGAAAGCUCGCAUUCGAGUCCUCGACGGCGCGGUUGGCACUCCCGAUCGAAUCGUACUCAUAUCAGGGAAGGAAGAGCCAGAGGCACCUCUUUCUCCAGCAAUGGACGCUGUCAUAAGGAUUUUUAAACGUGUCUCAGGGUUGUCUGAAAUUGAUGGUGAUAAAGUGGCAGGGGUUGCAUUUUGUUCCGUUCGUUUAUUGGUGGCCUCAACGCAGGCUAUCAAUUUGAUUGGAAAGCAGGGUUCAUUAAUUAAAUCUAUACAGGAAAAUACCAGUGCUUCGGUUAGAGUACUGUCUGGAGAUGAGGUUCCCUUUUAUGCUGCUGCGGAUGAGAGGAUUGUUGAGCUACAGGGAGAGGCCAUGAAGGUCCUUAAGGCUCUGGAGGCAGUAGUUGGGCAUCUGAGAAAGUUUUUGGUUGAUCCUGGUGUUCUUCCCUUAUUUGAGAAAAGUUACAAUGCAACAAUUUCCCAAGAGAGGCAAGUAGAUAAUACCUGGGUUGACAAACCAUCACUGCAUAGUGCUUCACAACCUAACAUUGUAAAUGAUGUUCCUCUUUCAUCAAAGAGGGAUUCUCUCUUUGCUGAUCGUGAAAGCCAGUUGGAUUCAUUGCUCCCUUCCUCCACAAUGUCAAUAUAUGGGCACGAUUCUUCACUUUCUGGUCUUCGUUCUUCAGCACUCAGUCGAACCAGUGCUCCUAUUGUUACCACGGUAAUACAAACAAUGCAAAUACCACUAUCCUAUGCAGAGGACAUCAUUGGUAUACAAGGGACUAAUAUUGACUACAUUCGCCGCACCAGUGGAGCAAUACUGACUGUGCAGGAGAGUCGGGUGCCUGAUGAAAUCAUAGUGGAAAUAAAAGGCACCUCAUCUCAGGUUCAGACUGCACAACAGUUGAUUCAGGAAGUUAUAAGUAAUCACAAAGAACCUGUUGCUAGUAAUUACAGCAGCAGGUUAGAUACAGGUCCGAGAUCUUCUUACCCUCCGUUGGGCAGUUCAUCUUAUUCGUCAUCUUCCUUUUCGUCACAACCCUACAGCGGGUACGGAUCUUCUGGUCUAGGAGGCUACAGUACUUUCAGACUUUGA